GUGCUGUUGCCAAGCGCUGGGUCAGCACCGAGAUAACAGCACCGAGAUAACUGCCGUUACUCACAGUUGGAUAGUUGAAGAUCAAAGAGGGAAACUGUCCAACCAACGAUAUAGCUAUCUAUCUAUCUAUCUACCGAAAGUCCCGAUACAAUCGCGGAAAUAACAAGUUCAAAGUUUAGCUCCCGUUUAGUAGUUAGCAGUUGAAACGGCUUCAGGAGCUUCACGUUAGAUCGCCAGGUCAGCUGUAUUUAUUAACACGUUGUUGUAUUCUUUUAGCUAUUUGUCGGCCUUGAAUAACGAUUGGGGUGAUUCCCAAUCAUAAAGUAUUGCUGGAUGAUUAUGGAGAAGAAGAGGAUGGAUUGCCCCUCUCUGCCACCGGGUUGGAAGAAAGAAGAAGUGAUCCGGAAGUCAGGGCUCAGUGCUGGCAAGUGUGAUGUGUAUUACUACAGUCCCAAGGGGAAGAAGUUCCGGAGCAAACCUCAGCUGUCCCGUUACCUAGGCAACACGGUGGACCUGGGAUGCUUCGACUUCCGAACGGGCAAGAUGAUGCCCAGCAAGCUGCAGAAGAGCAAACAGAGGCUACGGAAUGAGAAUCUCACCAUCAACAAGGGUAAACCAGACCUGAACACAGCACUUCCUAUCAGACAGACAGCCUCCAUCUUUAAACAGCCCGUCACCAAAGUGGUGAACCACCCCAGCAACAAGGUGAAGACAGACCUGCAGAGAGCCACAGAGCAGCCCAGACAGCUGUUCUGGGAGAAGCGAUUGAAGGGCCUGAGGGUGUCAGCCAUCACAGAAGAGGUCCUCAGGACCAUGGAGCUUCCCAAAGGUUUAACAAGUGUGGGUCCAGACACGUCAGACGAGACUCUCCUCGCGGCCAUUGCCAGCGCCCUCCACAUGAGCUCCUCCCCCAUCACGGGACAGACGACCUCGGCUGCAGAGAAGAACCCGGCUGUCUGGCUGAACACGUCACAGCCCCUCUGUAAGGCCUUCAUCGUCACCGACCAGGACAUCCAGGAACAGGAGCUGAAGGUGAUCCAGGCCCGCAGGUGUCUGGAGGAUGCACUGAUGGCAGAUGGGUUGGCGCGGGCCGCCGAAUCCAGCAGAGACUCAGAGGACAAGGCUGCAUAGACCAAAGAUGUGUCUCUACCACAGUGUCUCUACCACCGUCUCCACAGUGUCUCUACCACAGGCAGGCUCCUCAAUGCUGAAGACGAAGACAGUCAUCAUACACAGAGGCUACGUCCCAAAUGGCACCCUAUUCCUUAUAAAGUGCACUACUUUUGACCAGACCGCUAUGGCCCUUGUCAAAAGCAGUGCACUACAUAGGGAUUUGAGUGCCAUUAGGGACGCCUCCAGAGACGGUCAUCACUCAGUCUGCUUCUAAAGCUCGGACCCGUGCACAACGUCAUACAUCCCGACCCGUGCACAACGUCAUACAUCCCUUGAUACCUAACUCACCUAGCUUCAAACCAAGGCCUUUUUGACUAAACUAUUUUUGAUGUAAAUAUCUAUAUAUAAUUUCAGAACAAUGCUUAUUUUGUGUCAGAAUUUUGCAUUUAAAUACUCUUUUUAUAAAGGUGAAUAUUGAGCAAUACUAUUUGAACUUCUGGGAACUUUGUUGCAAUCUGCUGGAUUUGUAUUGCUAACUAUUUUAGGGAUUGAAUAUUCUUUUCAGGGUCUGUAACACAUGAUUCAUUCAUUUACAUGAACAUGAAUGGAAAAACUGCUUAUUUAAGACAAAUUUUAUACCUUGAGAGAAAAAAAUGUGUACAUUUCUUGCAUCACUUUAGAGUAAAUAAAUGAUUAUAUUCACAA